GUACAGGUCUCAGGCGUUUUCUCCCAACGGUGGUGGCAACCUGCAGGCCAGUAGACAUCCCAACACUCCUCCUCAUCGCAGCUGUUGUCGUUCACCCUUCUACGCCCCGUAUGCGCAGGCGCGGUAGUUCCUUUAUUUUUCUCUUCUUCUGUACGUCGAAUAGAAUUUGUUUCCCUCUGUACUUUUACUCUCCAGUGGAAUCUUCGUUUUCUGUGGCAGCCGUUUCUUCUUUCUACGAACCCGUUCUUUGAGGCAGCCGCGUUCAUUUGCCCGGCGUAGCUCCUCUCUUGCUCCCGUCUUUUUAGCGAAAGAGUGUUGUUGUGUUCGCUUUCGCUUCUGACGGUCCUCUCCCAUUGUUCCUCAGUCCAUUCUUCACCAUGGCAUCUCAAACCGCAGAUGCGAGUGGCACCGACUUCCUCGGGAACAAACUCCCGACGGACUUCGCGGAGGUCCCGGCGACCUCCAAGCGCACCGGCAUCGGCUACCUUCAGUACAGCAACGGAGCCAUCUACGAGGGAGAGUGGCUCAACGGCGAGCGCGACGGCCUCGGUGUCUGCUUCUACCCCUCCGGCAACAUCUUCGUAGGCCAAUUCCACUCUGGCCUGAUGGAGGGAAACGGCACGAUGUUCUUCGCCACUGGCGAGUGCUUUAGUGGUGAGUUUCGCCACUCCACGAUCUACCGCGGCGUCUACAGCAGCCGUGGCCGCGAGAUCAUUGGAGUGUGGCAGGACGGCCAUCGGGUGAGUGAGUUGCCUGCGAAAGCACCGGAGGUGCUGCAACGUGCCCGGGCCGCCCUCUUCGCCACGAUUGUGGAGCACGUGAACGACUACCUGUGGGAGACCGCGAAUGAGCCGACGCAGCUGUCCCUGCCGUUUCGCCAGCAGGACAGCGCCUCUCUUCGGCCGCCGCUAGACAUACCGACCUCCGCGGAGGAGGACGUCAACGCCCCCAACGCGGAUCGAAUGAGCAACAACAGCAGAAGCAUCGCUGAUCGAUCCCCGACACUGCGUGCACAACGCAUGGCGACAGCGUUGGGCUUUGACGAGACUAACCACAGCCUCACCAGUUUGCGCUACCGCGCCCCUUCCUCCCUCGGCGACGGCGAGAGCAAAGAGUGGCUACGCAACACCGAAGUGCAGUACGGGUCGCCGGACACGAUCUUCACCUGCGCCGCUCCAUCACCGAGCGAGUUCCUUUCGCUCUGGCGCUUCGUGCGGCGGCUCUUUGUCUUCCUCUUUCCCUUUUUAUCUUUGCCAUGGAUCUCUUUCGCACCCCUCCGCAUUACGGCGAUACAGGAGGAGCGCGAGUUUGUCGUGAGUGGGGCGGCCCUGCGAAACAACUUCGACGCCCCUACUUUCUCGCUGUGCGCGAUUGCGGUGGGGAUGCUGUGCCAGAUCACCUCUAUUGUGAUUGUGGCCUGCCGUGUUCCUCUGGGGAGCGUGCAGGACGGCGAUCUGACCCUGCCGGACAUGGUGAUGCCGUGUGUGCUUUGGUUCGUCAUGGGUCUCCUCGGCGCCUCCUACUACGCCUUCUUUCGAAUCCCGCACGGGCUGGAGCGGGUGGACCGGCGGCUAACGCCGCGGCUCUCCGCCUUCGCCGCCAGCCUCGUCGACGCGAAGGCAAGUGUCUGCAUCUUCACCUACGACGAAGACGGCAAGGGCAAAGUGAUGAAUCAGCACUAUAAAUACCGCUGGCUGUUCUUUGCGAUCAUCUUUGGGGCCGCCAUGAGUCUCUCCGCCCCUGCGACGCGUGGCGGCUACGGCCACAACAUGUUUGGCCGAAACGCCUUUCAAAAGGCCGCCACGCUGCUUGCCUUCUUCGCAACGUUCUUCUUCGCCGCUACGCUGAGUUUCUACGUGCUAAAAAUUACCGACAUGCAGCGCGAGAUCCGCGCUAAGCUGCACGUGCUGUCGAACCUCGCUUUUCUAGAGCGGCGCUGCAUCAUGAGCCCGAGCAAGCACGCACACAUGGCAUUUGAUUUAGACGAGCUGUUUGAUCCCAAGAACCUCUUCACCGGGUUCCCGGGGUGGUACUGCAUGCGCUCCCUCAUCCUCUGUACCUCCGCCUGCGCGAACCACGGCGCGCGUCGCACCGCGAUGGGCGUUUUUUGGUUUGCCAUGACCAGCGCCUACAUUGUGGGCUUGGCGGACACCUUCUACAUGCUGGCCAACCACUACGACGGCAGCGAUCGCUACUACUCCACCGGCCACUCCUACGGCUUUUUUGCCUUCAUCUUCUGGGGGCCGCUGCUGACUCGGUACUUCUACGUCUGCCUCGUCACCCGCCGCGAGCUGGACCGGCAGUUGUACAUCAUGGACAUCGCGGGACUCUAUCAGCGGGUGAAGGCGAACGACGCGGAUGCCAGCGACAUCAUCCAGCAGUGUCGUCGCGUGUCGGAACUCAACGACGCAGCGCCAGAAAUGUUCGCCCGGCCGGUUUACAUCCUUGUCUGUGUGUGCACGGUAAGCUUGUGGAUCGCAGCGACGGCGGCCAUUUGCUUCCAGCUUGGCGAGGCCAUCUACUACUGA